AUGGCGGCGGCUGCGGCGGCUGCGGCCGCUCCGGCCGCGGGGCCUCGCCGCUUCUCGCUGCUCGCCAUCGUGGGCGGCGGCUGCCACCGGCCCGGCCUGCGAGCCGCCGCCCUGCAGCAGCUGGAGCGAGGGAUCCGCUCGUGGGACAUCGACCUCACCUGCUGCAACCUGGACGAGCAGCUGAAGCUUUUUGUGUCCAGGCACUCUGCCACCUUCUCCAGUAUUGUGAAAGGCCAGCGGACCCUGCACCACCGCGGGGACGUCCUGGAGACGCUGGUGCUGCUGAACCCCUCGGACAAAUCCCUGUGUGACGAGGUGAGGGGGGAUUCUGAUGGGAAUUCCUGA